CGGUGAGUCAGCGCCGGGCCCCUCCCGCCCGUUCGCCCCCCGCGGUGACUCGGCGACGGCGCUCCGGGUCAUGCUCAGGCAUGUCGGGCCGGGCCGGUGCGGAGCUAAGCCCAGACUUGCCUCCUGCUGGCAGCGCUAUAUAAGGCCCGGCCCAGCCCGACUCGACCCAGACGCCGCCGCUGGAGCCCGGCGCGGGCUGUGCGGGGCACCGAGUUGCAGGCAAAUGUGCAAUACGAAGAUGUCCUCCCUUACGGAUGCCUCCGCUGUCACCCGUUCGGAGCAAGAGGCGCUGGUUAAACCAAAGCCACUAUUGUUGAAGUUGUUAAAGUUAGCUGGUGCAAAAAAGGAUACUUUUACUAUGAAGGAGGUAAUAUUCUAUAUUGGACAAUAUAUUAUGUCUAAACAAUUAUAUGAUGAAAAACAGCAGCAUAUUGUACACUGUGCAAAUGAUCUCCUGGGGGAUUUAUUUGGAGUAACAAGCUUUUCAGUAAAAGAACACAGGAGACUAUAUUCGAUGAUUUCCAGAAAUCUGAUAGCAAUCAAUCAACAAGACUCUACACUUGGUGGCACACCUGAGGAUGAUGCUGGAUCUCAGCUUGAAGAAGAAAAUGUUCUUAAGGAGUCUAUGCAAGAGUUAGAAGAGAAGCAGACUUCAUCGAACGUGACUUCCCGACCAACUACAUCUUCUACGAGGAGGACACACAGUGAAUCUGAAGAAAAUUCUUCAGAUGGUCUGCAUAGUGACAGAAGAAAGCGACACAAGUCAGACAGCAUUUCGUUGACGUUUGAUGAAAGUCUCUCAUGGUGUGUAGUCAGUGGUCUGUGCCAUGAAAGAAGCAAUAGCAGUGAUUCAACAGAUUCUCUUUCCAUUCCCGAUCUCGAUGCUAGUUCAUUAAGCGAAAACUCUGAUUGGUUUGACCGCAGUUCUGUUUCAGACCAGUUCAGUGUAGAGUUUGAAGUUGAGUCCAUUUAUUCAGAAGAUUAUAGCCCUUAUAAUGAAGAAGGGCAGGAGCUCACAGAUGAAGAUGAUGAGGUUUAUCAGCUGACUAUUUACGAGGAUGAAGAUAGUGAUGGUGAUUCAUUUGAUGGAGAUCCAGAAAUUUGUCUAGCUGAUUUUUGGAAGUGUCCUCAAUGUAGCAAAAUGAAUCCUCCACUUCCACGACAUUGCCACAGAUGCUGGGCCCUACGCGAGGAUUGGCUUCCAGAUGAAAAGAGUGAGAAAUUGGAAAAGAGCAAAUCAGAAGGUUCCUUCCCUGCAGAGUCUGAAGAAGGUUUUGAUGUUCCUGACUGCAAGAAAACAAAAAUGACUGAAGAUAAAGAACCAGCUGUGGAUGAGAAUGAGGAGAAAGCAGUACAAAUUUCCGAGUCCCAGGAAAGUGAAGAUUAUUCCCAGCCAUCAACAUCAAGCAACAUGUUCUGUAGCAGUCAGGAGGACUAUAAGGAACCUGAGAAGAGAGAAAUGCAAGACAAAGAGGAAAACCCGGAAUCCAGUCUGCCUGUUACCAGCAUAGAGCCCUGUGUCAUAUGUCAGAGCAGACCUAAAAAUGGCUGCAUAGUACACGGCAAAACGGGACACCUCAUGUCAUGUUUCGCGUGCGCAAAAAAGCUUAAGAAGAGGAACAAACCCUGCCCAGUGUGCAGGCAACCCAUACAAAUGAUUGUACUAACUUAUUUUGAGUAGGUGGAUGUUGACUGGAAAGCUGCAAGAGAAACUAUUUUUGUAUGCUUAUUGGAAAAUUAGUAUUUUGGGUCUCUUUACAUUUGGUAUGAAAAAUAAUUGCUGACAUAAAUGCACUGGCGUUGUUCAGAGGUUUGCCCAGUAGUCGUAAGUCAACUUGGAGAUUUUCAAUCCUUGUCAGUAGAAAUAACCAAGUCCUGUAAAUCACCUCCCUCUCCAGGUGUUUAAUGUUCCAUGCAAGUUAGUGACGUUUCUUUUACUGGAUUAAAUACACAUAUUAAAAACCCCAGUUCAAUGACUGUGAGAGGAGACACAUGUUGAAGCAUUCACUUAUGCGAGUUAAGAAGGUAGAAGAUUCUCCAGGUUUCAGUAUUUGUUGCCUGGUGAAGACACCAGGCUCAAUCAGACCAUACUGAAUAAGUCAAUAAAAUAAAUAGUCUUGUCUUAAAUUCCUCCAAGUAGGCAAAUUAUGGGGGAGAUAUUACCAGGAAGUGGAGAAAAAUGUGAUACAAAUUAAUUUAAGGCUUUGGAAAAAGAGAAGGGUAUUGUAUGUCUUUUAUUUUUAUAGUGUGCAUUGUAAACUUCAGGGCUGUGUGUCCCCCUAAGAAGUCAUUGUUCCAAGUUCAGUCAUACAGUUCUCUCUUAAAUGUCUUAAGAAACUGACAUUUUCAAUGCUUUGUGAGUUUGGAGGUCUGUACUAUCCUGAGUAUGCUUGUUAUUAUUAAUUUAGCAGCAUGAGAGAAGACUUGAACAGGCAAGAUAAAUGAAGGAGGAGUCUCAUCAGGCAAUAUUAGGGGAAUAAUUCUCUGCAGUUGUUUUUGACUUCAGCAGAACAUUGACUGGAAUAAAAAUAGAAAAAAAUUCCAUCUUCAUCUGCAGAAACAAAUAAGCUGUGCAGUUCUAGAUCACAUAGACAUUCCUUAAAUUCGGUAGUCUUUCCAAGUCAAACUGUUCUUUUCUGUAUCACAAGAAUUCUGAAAAUCCAUUGUGGGGUGUUUGGUGAACUCAAAAUUGGUCUCAUUGGACCUGUCCUUUACUGCUUUUAGUUCUUGUCCCUUCACUGUACUUUGUCAAAAACUUGGUGAAACUUACCAGUUCUGUUCUCAAGGGGUCUGCUGACUGACUGGGUUCUGAGGGGUGUUCAGGAUAGUUCUCUGGAGCUUGUGUAAGCUCUGGUAUCUUCCUGUGGGAUACGGUAAAAAUCACUCAGCUGUAUUUCACAUGGAGAGUUUCUGUACCAGUGAGUGAUAUUUAUUCCUUUGGAAAACUAGAUUACAAAAGGAACUGUAUGAUUUUAGCACCUUUUAUUUUUACAGGUAGUUGCUAAUCAUCUGCCUAACAGGGAAUGGCAAAUAAGCAGUCAGGGGAGUUCCAAGAAUGGAGAUGUAGCCUAAAUGAAUAAAUUGCAUUGUGUUACUAUCCUGCAGGCCAAGGUUCAGCAGCUUUCCAACACCACCAGUAUAAAAUUGCUGAUGCCUAUGUGCUGGCACAAAGACUUUUACUGCUAUCAUUACGUCCAGGUAAUGCCUGAAGUGCCUAGGAAAAGGAGAUGUACAGGAGAGACUUGGUAAAUCCCUGGUUGUGACUUGCCUGCAGAGAAAUACCUUCAUAGGUAAAGUCUGAAUUAUUGGGAUCAGUCACAUUUUGUUCGUACAUUUGAGCUGUUUUGUUUUUUUUUUUAAAUACCACUAAAAGAUCCUGGUGUGUCUGAAGUUCUAGCAAUUCAUUUUAA